GUUGUCACGGCAACUGAAACUAAAUAACAUGCAAGGCUAAUACUUUCACGAGCCUAUAAACAGCACUCAAAAUCAAACUCAAGCGGUAUCUGAUCGCCCCAAAAUGAACUGGCACAUGGGCCAGGUCUUGCCGGGACUAUACGUGGGCAACUACCGCGACUCAAAGGAUCACACACAACUGGAGAGGUUCAAGAUCUCGCACAUCAUCGCCAUACAUGACAGUCCCCGACGUCUGCUGCCGGACAAGCACUACCUGUGCGUGAUGGCCUCGGACACCCCGGACCAGAAUCUUUCCCAGUACUUCUCUGUCUGCAACGACUUCAUUCAUGCCGCCCGCCUGCGCGAGGGAAACGUGCUCAUCCAUUGCCUGGCGGGAAUGUCCCGCUCAGUGACCGUGGCCGUCGCCUACAUUAUGACGGCCACGCACCUCAACUGGAAGGAGGCGCUAAAGGUGGUGCGGGCAGGUCGCGCUGUGGCCAAUCCCAACACGGGAUUUCAGAACCAGCUGCAGGAGUUUGAGCAAUUCAAGCUGUCCGAAGAGCGUCGCCGGCUGCGGGAGCGCUUUCCAUCCUCGGCCCUAGAGCAGCUUGACCGAACGAAGGUCGCCACAGCGCUGGAUAACUACCAGGAGCUUCUGCAGAACCGUGACAUCUGCGAGGGCAACUGCUCCCGCGGCGAGAAGUGUCCCACAGGCGUCUGCAACAUGGACCCCAGCAAGGGCUUGUUCCGACGCCGUCCCUCCAGCGCAUCGACCCACUCGCGUCUGCGUGCUCAGUCCUCCAACACCAACGCUUCAUCCAGCAGCCUCAGCGUGAGCAGCUUGGCCGCCCAGUCCUGCCCGACAUCUCCCAAGCACUCGCCCCUGCCAAUGGCACGCCGCUCCGUGGGCAGUGAUCGCAUCCCCGAAGACGAGAUUGCCCUUGACCAGCCACCCAGUACCUCUAGCGAGGCCGCCGAGUAUGCCGCCGCCUUCGAGGACGCCCGCCGAGAGCAGGAGCAGCGCUGCCAGCAGCAGGGCAAGAACCAACGAUCCCCGCGGCCUGGUGGCUCUGCGACCGGAAACCCUCGUGUGAGCAGCGCCGGGAAUCGGAGGGAGUCUACGGCGCGGGAGGAUCACAGCUCUGCCCAGUUGCAGCGGAGUGCUAGCACGGUGAGCGGAUUCGGAGUACGCCCACGGAGCAGUCCGGCGGGGCUGCACGCCUACACGGGCUCAGUUCCUUCCUCCGUCCAUGGGUCUCGGGUUGAUCUCCGCGAGGCCGACAAGGGGUCGGCUAUCUACCUGGGCUGCUCGGCGCCGAGGGCCUCCACACUGUCUAUAUCAUCGUCAAGGGGCUCAUCUGGAGGUUCAGCUCCGCCUUCCCCCUGCAAUACGCCCCCUGCCAGUCCACGUCAUGGCGUCAGAAGAUCAACCAGCAUGGUUAAGAAGUCAAGAUGAAGACAUGAGCAUGUAUUUCCUAAGCUGGACUUAACCUUUAAUCCUUGGGCUGGCACACCUUCGCGACCAGCAGACUUGGUGCGAAUCAGAGGACGAACUCCUUGCCGGGAUUCAGUAGCUCCUCUAGUAAAAUAGCUUACAGUUGUUAGACGCCACUAGCCACGGCUGCCGGCCCCUUCGUUGCUGGCUUUGGCUACCUAAAGUUGUUGAUCAAUUUAUAAAUGGCACUCGGCACUCGCCCUCGAGUGCAGCCUGAAUUAUAAUCAAAUGUUGCGAGUAUAUUUUUCAGAGACGCAUUUAACAAGUACCGACAUAUAUAUACACAUAUUUACUGUAUAUUAUAUAGCGUAUUUAUUUAUACGAGCAGAUUUGUUGUCGGUCCUCUGGGCAGGACUGCUCCCAGUGGCGAGUGAUUGCGGAGGCAGUCGAACAAUAACUAAGAAUUGUACAUUGCGUAUUUUUGAUUAGAUCCAUUGUUGCAAGUAUUUUGAUAGCAAAGAAACCGAAGGGGCGAGACCCGAGAAAAGCGUUAUACAUUCAUACCUAGUUGAUAUAAUAUUGACAUUUAUGAGAUUUGAGAUUGUUAUUUAGAGUUGUUGCAUUGUGUAGCAUUAAAAAUAUAUAAAGAAAGUUUAU